CAACGCCAGGUCGUCUGUUUAUCGAAUGGCAACGAAAGAAACUAUUUUCCUAUUGGAACUGCCAAUUGCUAUAUAUGGACACGCUCCAAGUCUCGUUGCUGGCAGUGUUCCGAUCUUCGUAGCAUCAGGUACCUGAAAUCCCCUUCCGGUCGGAACGACGUUCCGUCUCUUGUCGUCCGAUGCACGGCGAAUAACGCUGCUCUCCUAUUUUCAUCCCUGGCGCUCAGCAGACACGCGUGACACGAAAGACGUAACCGCACGUAAGCGUUCCUUAAACGCACAGGAGGUCGUGCUGGCACCCGCAGAUCUGGACGACACCUGGCCGACUGCUCUCGGCAGUGACUUUAUAUGUCCUCGGUCGUCCCCUAACGAGAGUCGUUGCGGCUUGCUCGGCGGCCGAAUCUUGGUUGGGUCACACGCCGAUCCGUCCGGUUUGUCUGCACAAAUAGAACGAACAUGGUUCAUACGAGCAUGCCACAGUUGCACGCUCACGGGAAGACGUCUUCGAGCCUUGAACCUUGGGCCUUGGUGCCGGUAGGCCGUCAGUCGGCUAAGCAGACCAUCCGUAGCGUCAUCAACCCCAAACGUAGGAGCCCACUCCCACCGGGCUCGCACCAACCAGCUCAGUCCUCUAGACCUGAAGCCUCAGCCUCCAAGCCCCAUCCCUGGUCUUCCAGCCUAGGCGCGGCUCUUCCUGGGCGCGUAGAAGCCCGCGGUUGGCGGGCGCCAAGUGCCAGCCUGGCGUCCUCCUACGACCCGGUUUAGUGGGAAGAGAGCAGUGAGUCAGUGAUGUGCCAACGACGGAGUACGAAGCUCGGGUUGCAAGACGGCAGACUGCAAGGGCCACGUCUAGCCAGCUCCGCUCAUUCACUGUCGACUAACUGCAGAAGCCGCCUCAGCGUCAAACAGCUCAGAAUUCAGGCCCGGACCGCACCGGCGGCAGAGUGCUUCUACAUUCUGGUUAUUCCCGAGGAUGCAGGAAAGGUGCUGUGCACUUUAGGAAGGGCAAGGAGUGAAUAGACCGUGAGGUACGGCAGAAGGGACACAGAGCGGCAGAAGAACGAAAAGUACGAAUAAAGAAGAGAACGUGACAAGGGACCGGCGGACGACCCGGUCUCCCAGAAGGAAACUGUUCGCCCGCGAUCUGUGUUCUGUA